GCUGAUGGACAACUACAAGGACAUGAAGGACGCUCUGGGGGACGCUGCUGUGCUGGAGUACCUCAAGACAGCCACUGGGAAGGACUCGAAGGACGCUCUGGGGGACGCUGCUGUGCUGGAGUACCUGAGGAGUGCCACUGGCAAGGCACGAGCAGGAGAGGAUAUGGAGUGUGAUAGUGAGGUGGAGGAGGUUGAAGAGGAUGACGAGGUCGAGGAGGUGCAGGAGGACAUUUCUGGGAAAGAGGAGGAAGAGGAGGAAGGAGGGAUGAGUGUGAGGAGUAGUAGCCGUAGUGGUGGUGGGAGGAGCAGUGUGGGUAGUAGGGGGAAGGAGGAGAGGGGGAGGGGAGAGAGUCCAACCAACUGCGCGAGGAAGAGCAGAAGCAGCAUGAAAGGUGGGAGGGCUGGGGGAGGUGGAGGUGGCCGGAGGAGGAAGCUGGUUGCAUGGAGUAGCAGUGAGGAGGAGAGUGGGGAAGAGAGUGUGGAGGGGAGUGGACACGAGAGUGAGGAGGAGGUGGUGGUGCAGAAAAGUGGGGGCCGAGGGGGGCGGGGAAGUAAUCAGAGGAGGGCAAGUGCCACAAAGGAAGCAGAGGAAUCAGAGGAAGGAGAGGGAGCAGAGGUAGAGGAGGAGGCAGAGGAGGUAGAGGAGGAGAGUGAGGGUGUUGAGGAAGAAAGUGACGGUGACGAGGAGGGGAGUGAGGGAAGAGAGGAGGGGGUUGAGGUGGAUGAAAUGGAUGUUGAGGAGGUUGGUGAGGAGGAAGGAGUCGAGGAGAGUGAGGAGGAAGGGUAUGAGGAGGACGAGGAAGAGGAAGAGGGGAAGGAGGAUGACGAGGGAGAUGUUGUGGCAGACAAGGGCCAGGCGUUUAAGGUUGAAUUGAGGCCUGUUGGGGAGAGGAAGCUUCCUGGCAGGCAGGGAGGCAGUGAGGGGAGGAAUGGCGGGAUCGAGAACGUUGUCUUGAGGCCAGUGGGCGAGAGGAAGGGCAGGGGGAGGGGCCAGAGGAGAGCGGUUAUCGAGAGUGACAGUGAUGGGAGUGAUAGUGAUGGAGGGGGUGUGGCUGAAGGGGGCGGGACGGCCAUGAGACGGUUGAAGAACAGGCGGGCUGCAUUGCUUGGGAGUGAGAGUGAGAGUGAAGGGGAGAUGGACAGGUGUGGGAGGAAAUCGCUUGGAAGGAAGAAGCCUGCCUCUCCCAGGUAA